AUGUCGUCAUCUGAUCAUGCAUCUACUGCUACAUCUACUCAAUCUGUUAAAGCUAAAUCAGAUCCUACAUGGGAGCAUUGCGCUCAAAUACCAUACAAAAAGGAAGGUGGCAAACCUCGCUUAAAAUGCUUGUAUUGUGCAAAGGAAUUUGCUGGUAAAGAAGCUUUGUAUAGAGCUGAUUUAGCUAUUGGUAGGUGGUUAUAUGAUUGUUGCAUCUCAAUAAAUGCUGUGAAUUUCAUUUACUACCAACCUAUGGUAGAUGCUAUUGUUGCUAUUGGUCCUGGUUAUAAAGCCCUAAAUUACCAUGCUACGAGAAGUAAAAUAUUGCAAGACAUAAAGAAGGAGGUUCAGUUACUAGUUGAUGAAUGCAGAAGUUUUUGGGUUGAAACUGGUUGUACUAUAAUGGCGGAUGUUAAAGAUGCUCAAAAUCUUUACAAUUUAUUCAUGGACAUGGUUGCAUUUGUUGGUGCAAAUAAUGUUGUUCAUCUAGUAACUGAUAAUGCAGCUAAUUAUAAAGUUGCUGGGAGAUUAUUAAAUGACAAGUACCCUUCUAUUUUCUGGUCUCCUUGUGCUGCCCAUUGCUUAAAUUUGAUUUUGGCAGACAUAAGUAAGAUGGAAAUUAUUACUAGUUUAGCAGCACAUGCAUCUGUGGUUUUAAAAUUCAUAUAUAACCAUGCAUUUUUGCUAGCUUGGUUUAAGAAAAGAGAGGGUUGGGUAGAAAUUAUUCGCCCAGGGGCCACACGGUUUGCCACUACUUUCAUUGCUUUGAAGAGUAUCUAUGAGUACAAGCAUGAUAUACAAGCCUUGAUAACUAGUAAGGCAUUUACAAACUCUAGAUACUCUAAGGAUCAAAAGGCUAAGGAUGUGACAAUGAUUGUGUUGGACAACAAAUUUUGGAAUGACUGUAAAAUUAUUGUUGAAAUUGUAAAACCACUCAUCUGA